GAGGCUGGCUCCAGCAUAACGCUCGCGCAACCCCAAACACAAGAAGCCAGCGCCGGCAGCAGGCAGCAGCAGCAAGGAAGAAAGGGGGAGGAAUCCGCUACGAAUGUCGAUGGGCGACGCGAUGCCCUCGGUGCUAAUCCCGAUGCCUAGCCGCGACCGGGACCGCGACCCGCUCGUUCCGUCCGCCGCCGCCGCCGCCGCCGCCGCCGCUACCGCAACGUCCUCCGGCGCCGGCGCGGACUCCGAAGAUGACGAGUCCAAGCCCUCGUCCGCUUCCGCCGCCGCCGCAGCGGCGCAGACUGGCCGCGAGGCGUUCCAUAAGGUCGUGCAUAGCUGGGCUUCCAAGAAGUUCAUGACCGGAUGUGUAAUCCUGUUUCCGAUUGCAGUUACAUUCUAUAUAACCUGGUGGUUCUUUUGCUUCGUUGAUGGAUUUUUCUCUCCAAUAUAUGCUCAUCUGGGAAUCAAUAUAGUUGGACUUGGUUUUGUAACUUCAAUAUCGUUCAUUUUUGUUGUCGGAGUGUUCAUGUCUUCUUGGCUUGGAACAUCUAUUCUUGGUCUGGGAGAGUGGUUUAUAAAGCGAAUGCCAUUUGUUCGCCAUAUAUAUAAUGCAUCUAAACAAAUCAGUGCUGCCAUUUCACCUGAUCAAAACAAGCAUGCAUUUAAGGAAGUGGUCAUCAUAAGGCACCCUCGAAUUGGCGAAUAUGCAUUUGGAUUUAUCACUUCAGAAGUUCUACUUCAGAGUUAUUCUAGGGAGGAAAAGUUAUACUGUGUAUAUGUCCCAACAAACCAUCUCUAUAUUGGGGACAUGUUUCUGGUCACCUUGAGUGAUGUGAUUAGACCAAACUUAUCUGUUCGUGAAGGCAUCGAGAUUGUUGUCUCCGGGGGCAUGUCAAUGCCUCAAGUUUUAUCAAUAGUGGAAACAGAGGACAACGAAUUGAACAGGAUCAGAUCUAGUCGAAGAUAGAUUACAUGCCAGAUUCUUUAGGUACUUUGUGAUCUAAUCAUUGCUGGUUUCUGAAGUACAAGAAUAGGAUCCGAUUUGAUAGAAUGUACAGUUCUCCUGACUGGAAUGCAAAACCUGUGUGCACACUGAAGCAGUCACUCGACCACAAUCUACAUGCGCAUGGGUCACUUGCGUAAGCAGUAAACCUGAACUCAGUCGAAAUAUCGAUGUAAUGGUCAGUUUAGAAAGUAGAGUUGAUCCAUGGGUUGACAGGGCCAGCUUACCCAGCUGUAAUAGAAUUUGUUAACUUCAUUUCUUUUGUAAUGAGGAGCGUUAGGUCUGGCCAUGUACUGGGAGCUACUUUUCUUUUCUGCCGUAAAGAACAGCUAUCGUUUUCCUGAGGGUAGUGUAUGUAUAAUGUGUUCUUAUGUGAUAUUAUAUGCACCAUGAGUGGCUAUGUAUAUUAUGUAGACGUGCACUUGAACUUAAAAUUCAGCAAGACCUGGUGCCCAGUGGCUUCAAUUUUA